CUUUUUUCUCUCUGUUACCGUCACGACUCUCGACCAGGACUUUUUGUACAUUAUCAUCAUGGGUUUCAAAGAAGGUGCUGUCCUUGCUCCGGUGUCGUUUUUCCUUGGUGUUUUGUUCAUCUGCUUCAACAUUGACCACCGACUGCUGUGGGGUGAAGUGACUGAAAAGGUCGUUGAAGAUGGGUUCCAUUUCUAUAGGACGUUCUUCAACGCGCCUCCUGCAAUCAAGACGCUUUUGCACAGUUUCUUGGGCGUAGGACUUUUGGGAUUGCUGGCGAAACUACACAAAUGGGAUAACAGUGCCAUGUUCUUUGAUGGUAGCAGCGUUGCUGCGUAUGUGUUUGCUAUCGCUGUCUACCUCGGCGUAACCAUCCCCGGUCUCCGAACCAUCGUCCUGCCCGUCGCCGAGGUGGAAUCCCCCGACGUCCAAGUCGAAGCUCUGCGCGUCCUUGCUGCCGGAAACAUCAUUAUGAUUGCUUGUCUGGGCUUCGUCUUGACAGCUCAGGCUGGACAAGAAUGGGCCAGGCGGAGUGAAGCCAAUGCCUUGGCGCAGGAGAUGCAACAGCAGCAGCAACAACAGGAGUCGGUCUCGGCUGAGGAGAAGAAGUCGCAGUAAUUGUGCCUCCGAUCCAACACGGGAGGAUCACUUUUGGCAUCGCCCGGCUCUAUGAACGACCCCUUUGGCUAUCUGUGAUGAUAUGUUAAUGGCAAUAUACGUUUUGGCCUUCA